GCCAAGACUGUGUGGUCUGUCCAGAGUUGUAAACCGCUCGCCUUCUCCUCCUCCUCCUCCUCCUCUAUUAGGUUUUCGUUUCGGUGUUUUUGGGUUUCAUGGCCGAAGACGGUGUGGUGGGGUCCGCUGAUUUUCCGGCGAAGAGGCCCAGAGAGGAGGAAGAGAACUGUGUCUCGUCCGCUGCGGCGGCUAUGGAGACCGAGACUGCCAAAGACCCGGAUUGCGUCUCUGGUGUUAUUCCUGGCUGGUUCUCUGAGAUUAGCCCAAUGUGGCCUGGAGAAGCACACUCCUUGAAGAUAGAGAAAAUUUUGUUUCAAGGGAAAUCGGACUAUCAGAAUGUGAUGGUCUUCCAGUCAUCAACCUAUGGAAAGGUUCUCGUCCUGGAUGGGGUGAUUCAGCUGACCGAAAGGGAUGAAUGUGCCUAUCAAGAAAUGAUUACUCAUCUUCCUCUCUGCUCAAUUCCAAACCCCAAGAAGGUUUUGGUUAUCGGUGGAGGAGACGGUGGUGUACUGCGGGAAGUGGCUCGUCAUUCUUCUGUUGAGCAAAUAGAUAUAUGUGAGAUUGAUAAGAUGGUUGUUGACGUUUCAAAACAGUUUUUCCCUCGUGUGGCUAUUGGAUAUGAGGAUCCCAGGGUGACACUCAAUGUUGGUGAUGGAGUCGCAUUUUUAAAGGCUGUUCCUGCAGGAACUUAUGAUGCAAUAAUUGUGGACUCUUCUGAUCCCAUAGGUCCUGCACAAGAGCUUUUUGAGAAGCCCUUCUUUCAGUCGGUAGCAAACGCUCUCCGUCCAGGAGGAGUUGUGUGCACCCAGGCAGAGAGUAUAUGGCUUCACAUGCACAUCAUUGAGGAUAUUGUGUCGAACUGCCACCAGAUAUUCAAAGGCUCUGUCAACUACGCAUGGACAACAGUCCCUACAUAUCCAAGUGGAGUGAUUGGUUUUAUGCUUUGUUCGACCGAGGGUCCUCCUGUUGAUUUUAAGCACCCUGUGAAUCCAAUCGCUGAAAAUGACGGUUCCAAAGACCCCUUGAAAUUUUACAACUCUGAGAUUCAUACAGCUGCUUUCUGUCUACCAUCUUUUGCAAAGAAGGUGAUUGAAUCAAUGGCAAAAUGAGGAAAAUUCUCACCAGGCAUCAAACAAGCAGAUAUGCUCUUUUUGAUUACCUGCCUUUUCUCGUAGUUGAAAUGGUUUAUUUAGCAAUGAACCAUGAAUAAUCUGAUAUUUAAAUUGCUGUUGUCCCAAUUGGGGUAUCUAGAGCUGUAGUGGGAUCAAGAAUGUCAAAUUGUCUUUCCUUAUGAUUAGUCAGAGAUAGUUUAUAUAUGCAAGCAAGUUAUUGCCUCC